UUUUGCAGUGCAAAUUUCUAAAUAAUUUUUUUUUGCAUUUUAAAAGACUUUACUGACGUCCGCCAAAUUUUAAAACACUUAUAUAUCCUCUUGCGUUUGCGAGAAAAUAUGAUUCGGCUAUUAUUAAAGAGACUAGACUGGUUGUACUCUGCGGGCCAUCGCUGGCAAAUCAAAAUAUAAAUACAUAAUUACAAGGUUUAAAAUAUAUGUGACAUUUGUUAUUACGUACGUAAACAUGUUUUGAGUCGUCUAGCAAAAAUUGCGGAAAGAUCACAAUAAUUUAUGCUACCAUUUGAACACAAAGAUAAAAUAAGGCUAUUAAUAAAGAGACUUUAGCAGUUUAUAAUACUUGGAUUUUGAAUUAUUUUUUUGUCCUUGAAGAAAAAUUACUGACUUUAUAUCCUUAUGUUUAGUUUCAAUACGUUGAUCCUGCUAUGAACCAUUGCGAACUUAACUUGCGAUGGAAAACUGAUGCGGAAGAGCUGAAAACCACUCGAAAAGAUAUGGAUUACUACAUUCAUGGUCUUGUCACUUACUGUCCCUAUCGCGAAUGCAAUUCGGUAGUUAAACGAGCUGAAAUGGAGGAAUUCAAAUGGGCAUUUCGAGUAUAUGAAAGGAACCAAUUAGUUUCAAUACGUUGAUCCUGCUAUGAACCAUUGCGAACUUAACUUGCGAUGGAAAACUGAUGCGGAAGAGCUGAAAACCACUCGAAAAGAUAUGGAUUACUACAUUCAUGGUCUUGUCACUUACUGUCCCUAUCGCGAAUGCAAUUCGGUAGUUAAACGAGCUGAAAUGGAGGAAUUCAAAUGGGCAUUUCGAGUAUAUGAAAGGAACCAAUUAGAUAAAUUCAAGCAGUUCCGCAUCAAGAAUGUGAACAACGGACGCUGUUGGGAUGUACGAGAUGGCGAUUACCAAGUCGAAGCACACACUAAGUGUCAAACUAAAUUCAAAUACACCAGUGACAGUUACAUAGUUGAUGCAAACUCUGGCAGAAAACUUCUGACCUAUGAAGUUAUAAAGGACAAAAAGUACAGUUACAUAGCGCACGUAUCAAACGGCAGACAGUUCUAUUAUACAAGAGACAAACAUUUUGUUCAGUUUAAUAACAAAGAUUCUUUGUUUUGCGUAAUGGCAAACGCAACCGAGAUAUUCCGAAUCCAUAAGAAUAGACGAUUAACAACAAAAUGUCCGUCAUGGUAUGAUGUGGAGCCAACUAUAAUGAAGAUACUGGAAGGUUGGGAUGAUUACAACCUUGACAUGAGAUCUGUACUCAAAACAAUAACUCCACUUGGUGAAACUAUUUUUAUAUGCAACCCUGGAGGCGACAAAGGAAACAAGUACAAUUGCUUUUAUUCCAACAGCAGUGGCAACUCGUGGACAGCGAUGGAUGCUCUCAUUACAAAUAUCCGCUUCUACUCACCUAGUUCCGAAUCUGUUUACGGAACAAUGAAUAGGGGAAACGGUUACUUUCAACUGUUAUUGGCAGACGGACGGUUCACACAUGUAAAACCUCUAAGUGAAGUUGACUACAAUGCUGUGUUAUCACAAGAAACCAACAUUCACACGCAGCCAUUCAACAAUGUUAAUCUUACGGAAGUUAGAGUUCAAAGUUUGUUUGGAUCAGAUGUUCAAGUUUCGUCACAUGGAGUUCACCUUAUGGUAAAUGGUGUCCUCAAGAAAGUAUUUGUAUGGGGAUAUUAAAUGUGUGGUGUUAAGUCGAUUACGAUAACGGUCUAUUUCACAUUUCGCAUUGUUUAACAAUCCAAAUAACGGAAAUAUCGUGCACAAAAUUACUGAUUCUACUUUAACCACGUUCGAUAUGAACGAUAUGAACGUGGUUAAAGUAGAAUCAGAAAUUUUGUGCAUGAUAUUUCCGUUAUUUGGAUUGUUAAACAAUGCGAAAUGUGAAAUAGACCGUUAUCGUAAUCGACUUAUAUGGCGUGCUGUAUUUAUUUCUAACCAAGAAAGUUAGCACAUUUUUUCUUACAGACAUUUUAAGCAUUUUUUUUUUAUUAUUUGUGAUGUGAAAGUGAAACAGUAUAUUACUGAAUAGCCAUUGGUUCUGAUUGGUCUUUUACUAAGGUAGCUGAUAUCUCUGCGACUGACCUUCUUACACCUGUUACUAAAUAACAAAGAUGAUUACGAUCAUUGCCCGUCGAUGACAGCUGUAGCUGUCGAAACGUAGCCUAGAAUAAACUCGCUUGUUCAUGACAUGAUAAUAUUUAUAUUAUUCAAUGACUAAAUAACCAAUUUAGAUAAAUUUCAUUAAACAUGUUUUUCUAUAAGGACUAGGCAAAAAAUGCCCAGUUGUCUUUACCGGGGAAUGUCACGAAGUUCUUUGCUAGACAAUGCACGUGGAUCAAUUUCUAUGAAAAUCAAAUGAUAGACACGGCUGAAAUGAUAACGCGGAAAGUCAGUUGCAAAGAAAGUAGAAGAAGAAAGUAAAAGCUUUUAUUUAUAUGAUUAUUGAUUUUGGAGAUUUAUAAAUUGUUCUGUGUGUUUCACAUCAAUUUAAGGUUAAAUUUGCGUCACUAGUGUUUUGUUUUACUGUGUCUAAUUUCACUGCACUUUGUUACACGCUAUUUAAAAAAGAAACCAACGAUUAAAAGUUUCUUAAAUUUUAAGCAACUUUUACCAGGAAACGUUUCUUAACAAGUUUCUUAAUUGUCACAGGGAUUAAUAAGAGGGAAAUUCAAUCUAAAGCUUUAUUUUAACACAACAAGGAGAACUUCAUCAAAGACAUGGCCUUUCUCGCUUUUAUUCCAAAAUGAUGUCCGUUCGGUUAAAAUUGUUAAUUGAUGGGAGCCAUGCGUAAAAGAAGUCUUGUUCUUAUUUUUUGGCACGCGACUAGUUAGUUUCUUGCAAAGUGGUUUCUUGGUAAGAAAAAAAAGUGUAUUAAGAAAAAAGUGGAAAAAAGUCAUUUUCUCUCAAUAUUUAUGAAACGUGGUGUUUUGGAGUUUAAUAAAUUUAACAUUUAAUUGAAAAAACAAAACAAGCAAGCGAGAAGGGUAAAAACAUCAAUAUUUGAAAGUGUAUCAUAACUAAAGAAGAUGUAAAUUUUAACGUAUAAUGUAAGUAUUAAAAUGCUUUAUAAAAAUAUAAGAAUAAAAACCAUCUUGCAGAUAAGGUAAAUUGACCUGAUAUGUAGAAAUAAGAUGUGGAUAUAAAGUACGUAAAAUUUUUAACACAGCUCAUCUGGACAGACCUUUUUGGACAAAAUUUAUUUUAAAAAUGGUUUUCUUACAUAAUUUUAUCUUUUUUUGAAGAAAUUAACAACUUACCGAGAAAAAUUAGGCCUUGGCAAUCAAAUAAAAACUUUUUAAGUUUAAGGAUUUUUGAAUGUUUACUGUUAUUAAUCAUACAACUUUGUAAUACGAGUAUUAUGUAAUUUACUCUAAUUAUAUUAUUAGACGAAUUUGUUAACGAUAUUUAUUUUCAAUGUUUUCUUUUAUUACUAAUUUUUCACUGUGUAUAUAUACUUAAACACAAAAAGUGGGUUUUACGAAAAUGAUGGUAUAUUAUGUUUGCUGUGUAUUGCAUGUUAUUAUAUUGUAUGUUUACUAGUCGUUAGCCCGUGGAAAAAUCCACGGGUUCGCCCGUCCUUUUUAUACCGCAUUGCGUGCGUCUCGCUACCUGCGCAGCUAAGCUACCAUUUUGCGUGACAGACAGACGGACGGGUGGACAGACGU